AUGGCUGGUAGUUUCGUCUAUUCGCUCGUAUGCGGUCUUGUGUCUGCACGGAAACACACGAAGAAGAACGCGCCAGACGGAAAAAAACGUAAGCGUCGUUCCGAUUGGUUCUCUCACACGGAUCGCAUCCGUCUGCACGUGCAGGUGACGUCAGACGACAAGUCGCUGUUGAUCGACGAAUCGUCUGCCGAUGACUCCGGCUACAAAUCUCCCACGUGUCUUCUGAGCACGACGUCGGUGUCUGUGGACGACAUCUGCGACAUCUACCGCCUCGACGACACCUUGGACAAGCCACUGGACGACGACGACGAUGGCGACAUGCUGCGAAAAGCGUCCUCGCUGUCCUCUCUCCUCCGCUGCACGAGCAUCCAGGACAAAUCGCUGAGACUGAUGAGACGACGUCGUCAGAACAUGGCCAAACGACGCAGCAAGCUCCUCUACGCUGACGAAGGAAUCGAUCUCACUCUGACGAGCACAUGCGAUGACGUCACAAGCACGGAUGAUAACAUAUCGAGCGACGAAGCUAGUCCGCAGGUGAAACAUCUUGUUGAUGAUGCUCUGCGGGAUUCACGGGGUGACCUGACUCCGUGUCGCAUCAACAUCGACGGCGACGUCAUCUCGAGAUCAUGCCAGGUUGGAGUCGCUCGCAACAGCAGCGUGCAGAUGAAGUCGUGGGAGAUACGACGUCGUCGCAAGCUGUUGCUGAGGAAGAGAAAGUCGAGGAGCUGUGACGAGCUGGGAUCCGUCGGGUACGAGCUCAGCUACGGCAGUGUCGGCGAUCUGAGGGCCGUCGGGUACGAGCUCAGCUACGGCAGUGUCGGCGAUCUGAGGGCCGUCGAUUCUAAGGCGUCGCGACAGAUGAAAGUGCGAUCCUUCUACAUAUGA